AUGGCGUCUCUAUCAGAAGACGAUCACAAGGUCAUCAAGCACUGUCCCUUGAAUGAUUCUCUUGGCCGCGCACGAGAGUUACUCCAGGAGGUGGAGCGUUCAUAUGCGCUGGUCAGUUCCGUUGACGGCGCUGAAGAUGGACCUGAACACGAUCUCCAAGACGUGGUAUUGCAUCUCCUGGCUACCUUGAUGGGAACAAGGGCAGCUUACCGUAUGCGGUCGAAAGUGAAUAGUCAAAGCAUUGCCUCUGACCUGGCGGGCCACUUUACGCGCGUCCAAACAGGCGACUUCAACUACACGUACUACCGCCCGCUGGUGAAUCUCAUCAUCAGAGAUGCACCCGACUUGGACAUCUGGAGUGCUGUUUUUGAUCUUAUUAGCGAGGUCUCGAGAGUGUCACCGCCACCGAACAUUCCGCCCGCGUCUGAAGGCACGCCCAUCAAGCAUUCCUCCGCGUCACAGCAGGGUAGCGAACAGAGUCGGCGGCACGUUGACCCAAAGGUCUUUGAUGAAAUCAAAGACUGCAUAUAUCGGGAUGCGGAAGGAUUCUUUGAAAAAUACUUUGAGGGAAAGGACUGGGGGGAUCGUGCUCAGAAAGCCUUUGACUUGGUGAAGAACGAAUACAUUGAUCGCAGAUGGUCUACUCUACUCAACUCGCCUACCCAGGACGAUGUGGUGGGCUGGAUAUUCCGACUGCAGGAUGAAUUUCUCCCAAAUGAGCAACGUCGCUACUAUACGAUAAAGCUACCGAAUGAGCUUACUGGCGCUGAGUCUAAGCGGCAGACAGAUCUUAUUGUCAAACGAAAGACUGGAGAGCCCGAACCCUCAGGCGUGAAACAUGAUUGGAGAGACAUCGAUGUGAUCGGUGAGCUCAAGGCAUCCGAAGUCGGAGUUAAAAGAUGCUACAGUCCAGGCCCCUUUGAUAUCCACAACAAGCCGAAACGAUUUGUGCAGGUGAUCGCUGGCUAUAUAAUGAUGAAUGAGGAUGAACUGGGUCGGGAUACUUUCACAGAACGGGAUGGCGACCGUCGCUUCAUAAACAUCAAGCAGGAUGGCUCUGAAAUGGCAAAGAGGCUGCAGUUGAAGCCGGAUCCCCUCACGCAUCAACGGGCGAUUGUCUGCCGCGGGACGGCUUGCUAUCUCACGAAGGCACCAGACUCUGAGGAUUGGAACCAUGUCACCAAGUUCUCCUGGACAUCUGAUAGACGGAAACCUGAAGCCAAUCUACUCAGGCUCGCCAAUCAGAAAGGUGUUGAGGGAAUCGCCAGGUUGGUCAGUCAUUGCUCAGUCACCAGUAUGGAAGAUAUGCGCUCGGGCUUGGUGUUCAAGAAGCCCUAUUCUUUCCGUGGUACUUCCGGCGUUGCGUCGUCCUUUUUGCAGUCUUUCUCUCAGUCUCAGCCGCCCAGCAUCCUUUCCCAGUCAUUUGGUGAGCUGCGUGGCCUAUCUAUCGCACAGAGUACUGGUGAACGUACUUCAUUAAGGAAGCGCAAGUCAGCUGAUGUCGAUAUCAAACCAUCAAAGCGAUCCAGGCGAUCGAACCCACUACAGAAUGAGGUUACAUAUGAUGUGGAAGAUGCUCAGGGGGCCAGUUUGCUCACUCCCGCUGAUGGCUCAUAUGACAACCGUAUUCUUCGCUGUCUGGUCAUUUAUCCUGCUGGCCGGCCGAUAUACAAAUAUGAGUCACUUCCGGAACUCUUAGAAGCGCUUCGCGAUGCAAUUAAAGCACACAGAUCUCUGUAUUCCAAAGGAAACAUCCUUCAUCGGGAUAUUUCUGAGAACAACAUCAUCAUUACUGAUUCGAAGAAGACUGGCCACGCGGGAAUGCUGAUUGACAUGGACCUUGCUAAGGAGCUUGGCAGCGGGCGAAGUGGCUCACGCUAUCGCACCGGCACCAUGGAGUUCAUGGCUAUUGAGGUGCUGUUUAAUAUAGACCAUACCUAUCGGCAUGAUCUCGAGUCAUUCUUUUACAUUUUUAUUUGGCAGUGCGGUCGCCGGGGCUGGGAGUUCACCGGCAAUCUGAAGAGGCAACCUACACACAGCCAGCUCACGCAGUGGUACACUGGAAGUUACACGGACAUUGCUAUUGCAAAGCAUGGUAUGGUUGACACCAACGUAUUUGAGCUCGUUUUGGCAAAUGAAUUUCCCCCUGAGUUUGAAUGCCUCAAACCGCUUUGCAGGGAGUUGCGUGGGAUCCUGUUUCCAAUACGUGACAACGCAAUCUUCGUUGGCACGCCCAAGGACCCGGAGAUUCUGUACGGGCCGAUUAUCAAGGCUUUUGACAGAGCUAUCGAAGCAAUGGGAGGAUGAGCUACUGCGGA